AUGGAGCUGCAUGUGUUCACUGACGCGUCCGAACUAUCCUUUGCCGCCUCCGCAUAUUUGCGCUAUCCAAUCGAGGAUGGAUACAAUAGUUCACUUCUUGCGUCUAAGUCGCGCGUCGCUCCACUGAAAAUGUUGUCUAUUCCCCGCUUAGAACUUCAGGGGGCGCUGAUUGGUUCACGUCUUGUGGGCACAUUGGAGACCGAGCUCAACUUGCCUAUCAAACGCAAAGUAUAUUGGACAGAUUCAGAGAUCGUCCUCAAGUACAUAAAUAAUCCAGCUAGGCGCUUUAAACCAUUUGUGGCAAAUCGCGUCGCGAAGAUACUGGUGAAUACAGAUGUGUCCGAAUGGAGGCAUGUUCCUACAGACCAAAAUCCUGCUGAUAUCAGUUCACGAGGUCUCAAACUCAGGGAGUUGAUCUGA